GCCCAUACGUCACGGGAUCACUCUCUAGGCUGGUGCCGUCCCUCCGCGUGGAUGUAUCUACCGCAUGAGCGAAGAGGAACUCGAGUGCUUCGCGCACAACUCGAUGAUCUUCUCAACAAGGGUUGGAUUCACCCUAGUUGCUCGCCAUACGGUGCACCUGUUCUCUUCGUCAGAUCUACGGUUAUGCAUCGACUAUCGGAAACUUAACGCACAAACCGUAAAGAACGCCGACCCUCUCCCUCGGAUUGAUGAUCUCCUUGAGCGGUUAGGCGGCGCGACGUACUUCUCGAAGUUGGAUUUGAAGUCAGGUUACCACCAGAUUGAAAUCCAGCCUCAAGACCGGUACAAGACCGCAUUCAAGACGCGGUACGGGCAUUUUGAGUGGGUCGUCAUGCCAUUUGGACUCACCAAUGCCCCCGGAACGUUUCAAGCAGCGAUGACGACUGAGUUUCGCGACUUGCUCGAUCGCAGCGUCCUCAUCUACCUUGAUGAUAUCUUUGUUUAUAGUAGGAUGUUGGACGAGCACAUCGUACACCUUCGCGUUGUUUUGAAUCGUUUGCGACUAGCCAAGUACAAAGCGAAUCUCGACAAGUGCGUAUUCGCCAGGCAAGAGCUUGAGUACUUGGGCCAUUUUGUCACGCCGAAAGGCAUUCGUCCCUUAGCGGACAAGAUCCAAGCCAUCGUGGAUUGGCCGGAACCCCGUUGCAUUACGGAUGUACGCUCUUUCAUGGGUUUGGCUGGAUAUUAUCAGCAAUUCGUCGAGUCAUACUCGAAAGUGGCCGCUCCUUUGUCAAGACUUCAGUCCCGAAGAUCUCAACAAAAAAAAAAGGGUGAUACGAUGGUUGACACCUUGUUGAUGGUCACUUCGACUCUUCUAGCUUCAGAGUUUCCUGAUGUUGAUCAGCAGAGUCUUUGGAUACUGGAAACUGACUCGACAAGGGAGGAUAAACUCUCCAGACAUCUGCUGAUAAAUGCGCCUGGCUUGCGAUUUGAAAAUAAUCAACAAGUGCUACCUUUUGUGUCAAAGAUUUGUCAACACAUUGAGCAACACAGAGCAAAGUUUCGAGCUUUUGAUGAACUUUUUGUUGAGACACGGAGAGGAACAAAAUUGUUCAUUGAUCUUUUGGUUUACAAGCGGAAGCAGUUGAUGAGACUGCCAUUUCCAACAAAACAGGGUCUUUCCUCACCUCUAAAGCCAACAGGUCGUUUUGGUACACCUGUGUUGACGCCGGAGGAGUCCUCUGAGGAACGCGAGUUCCUGAGACAGAUGAUUAGUAAGAAGGAGGAGGAGCAGCUACGAAGGAGGGAAUUAGAGGAUAGGAAGAAGAUGGACGAAAUGAUCAGGCAAGAAAUUGAGAGAAAUUCAGAGGCGUUGGAAGCGCGUGUAAUGUCGAAGAUUGGGCGUCAAUACUUGGCGGCAAGGGAGGAAGCAAGGAAUGAGGAGUGUCGUGCUCGUAUCCUUCGGACUCCGCGGACUGUGCCACGAGACAGGGUUCUUGAUGAUUAUGCUGAUAAAGGGUUGGAAGAUAUCGAGGAUGAGAUCGCUAAGCUUUAUGAGCUUCGCGAAAGAAAGCGGAAAGGGAAGAUGCCGCUGGAAGGAGAAGCGCGCCGGCCUUUUAGGCAGCCGGUAUUUGGGAGAGAGGGAUCAACUGAUGAUGCACCAGGGCACGUCGAAUCUUCCAGGAGGGGGGAGGGGCGUGCAAAGACAAAAAUCGCCGCAGGUAGUGGGCCAGAGGGGAUUCUUGCCUACGUGGUGGCGCAGCGACGACUCCUCACUCCGAAGACUAAGGAGCAGUUGAAGACGAUUUGUCGGCAGGAGAAUUUGACCUAUACUACUAAGGGUCCGACGAUUGAAUCUAUCAUUGAAGCCAGAGCUAAGGUGGCCUAUGAGGGCUUUGUGUUUACUCCUUCCUCGUCGCCUGCGGUAUCUCCAGAGGAGGACCGUACACCUUCCACCUGAAUGUCGCGUAUGUGCAGUUAUCGUCUUUGGUCUAACAUGGUGUGCUGUAUGACCUUGCGACAUCAG